AUGUUACAAUGCAGCAGCUGUAGAACCACCACGUUCUUCCCCCUCUCUCCCCCACAACAACCUCCACCCCACAAAUUUUACCCAUUACCCAAACAGCUUCUCUGCUCUUACAGAUGCUCAUCUUCCUCUCUCCUCAUCACCCAACCCCAAUUGUCUUCACUGUCGCCACGUGUUAGUCCGCUGAAACCACGUUCUGUUUCGUCGCCUCAGACACCUGUUGUUGAAGACGACGCGGAGGAAGAAAGUGGGAGCCCUCCAUCAGCUGAUGAGAUGUUUGUGGACUCGGGCUCUCUUCCUCCUCUGACGGGUUGUAAGGCCUGCGGAAGAGAGGAGAUUGAAAAGGGUUGCAACGGUGAAGGAAGAAUUCAAGGUGGAAUUGCUACAGUCCCAGGUUUUGGUUGGUGGCCGAUAAAAGCUUAUCGGCCAUGUCCUGCAUAUGUGGCAUCUGGUGGCAGGUACAGACGAAGUGGGCAAAGCAUGGACGAGGUUGUCUCCGGAGGGGGGGGCAGAGAUGCUUCAGCCAGAAAAAGUGAUGGAACUCCAUCAAGCAAGAAAAAGGAAGGACCCCGGAGAUUCAAGGGAUAACCCAAUGAGGCCAUUUUUCUGCCUUGUCCUUGGAGUAGCGAAUACCAAACGAAAAUUGUUGUAAAAUGCUUUAUUGGUACUACUUGGACGGUAUAGUCAUUCUGACAAGAUAUACGAGUUUGUUCUGUAGUUUUGCUGCCACAAGAAAUAUGAAAUUGUUUCUUACAUCAAACCUUACCUCUCUCUUUCUCUUUAUUCUUUUCUUAAUGCUACUUUUGUAUUGCAGAGUGUAAUAUUUUUCUCUGUAUAUGAUCGGUACAAGAUCAC